ACGCACGCAAAAAUGACAAGGUGAUGACACGAUAACAAACCGAGAUUAUUUUUGAAAUUAAAGGUAUUAGGAAAAAUUAUUGAUAAUAACAUAAAAGUCUAAAUGCUUUUAUAAUAUGACAGCAAUGCGUACUGCAAUGAAUGUUGUGUAUACAGUUUUGUGGAUUCUAUUAAUUUCACAAGGUACCCAAAGCGUUGAAUUAACUUUUGAACUACCGGAUAAUGCAAAAGAAUGCUUUUACCAAGAUAUUCAAAAAAAUACAAGCGUCACCUUAGAGUUUCAGGUCGUCACGGGCGGUCAGUAUGAUGUUGAUGUAACAUUAGAAAGCCCAAAUAAGCAAAUUAUAUAUAGUCAAGUGAAAACCCAAUUUGAUUCGCAUCAUUUCACUGCACCGAUAAGUGGUGUUUACGUUGCUUGUUUCAGUAAUGAAUUUUCCACGUUCUCACACAAAUUGGUUUAUAUGGACUUUCAAGUUGGUGAUGAACAGCCUUUACCCGGUGUCGGGGAGCAUGCUACAGUACUUACCCAACUUGAAUCUUCUGCACAAGAGAUUCAUCGAAGUUUGACCAGUAUUCUCAAUUACCAGACUCACCAUCGGCUGAGAGAGGCACAAGGUCGCAAAAGGGCUGAGGAUCUUAAUGAAAGAGUUAUGUGGUGGUCAGUGUUUGAAACUUUAACUGUUCUCAUUAUAACUAUAGGACAAGUGUAUGUGCUAAAAAAUUUCUUCUCAGAAAAGAAACCAUCUCAAAUGUUGUAUACAAAGAUGUAAUAUAGAUGU